AUGAGUGACAUCAUCAUGUCAGAUGCGGCACCUCCAGAGGAAAGCCGCCCCCAGGACACAUCUACACCUACUCAAGAUGCGCCCGAUGAAGUAGCGAAUACCCCAUUGAGCAUCAAAGACACGGUCGCCCCAGAAGAAAGCCCUUCACAGGACACAUCCACAUCCAACCAAGAUGUACCCGAUGAAGCAGCGAGCACUCCCCAUAACAUUGAAGAUGCGGCGUCUCCAGAGGAAAGCAUCCCCCGAGACACGUUCACACCCACCCAAGAAGUUCCUGAUAAAGCAGCAAGCACUCUCCGCAGCAGCGAAGACGCCGCGUCUCCAGAAGAAAGCCGUCCCCUGGACGCAGCCGCACCCACCCAAGACAUUCCCGAUGAGGUAGCGAGCACUCCCUGGAGCGUCGAUGAGCGCCUUUUCAUCCAGUUACAAGCCGGCUUCGCACUCGCCGCCGCCUUCCUGCACAUCUGUACAGUACUCCCGCCGACAGGCCAGAGCGGCUACUACGUCUUUCGCCGCUUCUUCAAUGACGCCCAGCAAGGCACCACCGAGGCCACUUCCGACGAGAACACUACCACGACUUCGAGGACCCAAGAUGAAUACCUACUCCAACGGCAGGAACUGGUACACAAGACACUGUCGAUAACAGAUGACUUGGUGCGGAAGGCACUGAAGACCGGAGAGUUCAUGAGGGGGAAGAUGUGGAUAAUCGAACAGGAAGUCUUCGACCAGUACCGAGAGAUCCGCGAAGAGAUUGGCAUCGAUUUGCCGAUCGAAGACCCGAGACAGAACAACAAGAUGUUCAACUUCCUGUACCAGAUCGUUUGCGCAAGGUUCCCGAAGUCGUUGGGACAUAGUCCUACCAGCUCAGAUGCGGACGAGAAUCGCAUUCGUACAGAGUAUACUGACGACGACAUGUAUGACGGCUCUACUCGUAGCUCUCCGCCUGAAGACGACCUUGAGAUUACAGAGAGCGCUUCGCCGGCGGAGGAAGACGCACCAGCCACGCAGGAGACUACACGACGGACACGUACGAGGGUCAGGAAGCCCACCGCCGCCCUCGACGACAACAACGCAUCCCCACCGGUCCGUCAGUCCGGUCGAAAAGUCCGUGUAACCGACAAAGGGAAAAAGGUGCAGACAGGUACAAAACGUACCAGGCAGAACACAGCGGUGGAGAAUGAGGGCGACGACGAGGAUGAGGAUGGAGAAGAAGACAUCGCGGAAGAUGAAGAAGAGGAAAAGGGUGGAGCAUCGCCGAAGAAGCGCGCCAAGAAGGCCGUCCAGAAGACGGCCCAAAAGACCGCAAAAUCGAAGACCAAAAAGGGUCAUGGCCCGAACCGCAAGCAGAACGAUGCCUGGUCGCAAGAAGAGCGCGAGGUCAUCAUCGCACUCUUCAACAAGAUCAUAGGCGAGAAGGGCCUUAUUUACUGGGCGGACAACAUCAGUGCCCUCUUUUACGAGGCCACUGACGCGGUGAACGCACAUAGGGCCCUGGAUAAGGCCACAUAUCCUGGUGAUCCUCGCGGCAUGGAUGGAGUGCGCACUCAGGUUCACAAGAAGGCUGCUUAUAAGCGCAUUAAAGCGCAAGCUGACGCGCUGAGGACUAGGAAGGCCGAUCCCAAGAAGACGGUUUCAGAGGCAGAGCUGAAGCCUCGGGAUGUGUUCAAGAUGACGGAUCUCGAGCCCGACAAAGGCAAGUGA